GCCACACCUCGUCACUAGUCUGGUUGAAAUCUAGUGCAUAGAUUUACAUGGAUGGCAAACCCUAACACUAACAAGAGGCCUCUAAAUGAACAAACAUGUCAUCAACAACUUCCAACCGAAGACAUCAUCUAACUCUGAUAGCUGCUCUUGGGGUUUUGUGUUCAGUGGUACUAUUUUUUGUUUACUUUCAACCCUCAUCUACUGCAUGUCCAUCUCGAUUAGAUGAUUUGCCAUUUUUGGCAAAGGGAGAUGUUUCCUCAUCUACCAAAAAGCCUGUGGAAAAGCCGCUUGUGUUGCUCUGGUUCUGGCCACUGGGUGUGAGAUGGAAUUUUGAAAUCUGCAAAACCCAUUUCAACAUCGAUAGCUGUGUUCUGACAGAUGACAGAUCCCUUUAUGACAAAGCAGAGGGAGUGGUGGUUUUUCACAGAGACAUCAGCUGGGACCUGAAGAACCUGCCUCAGUCUCCUCGUCCACAUUUUCAGAAAUGGAUCUGGUUUCAUGUGGAAUCACCAACAAAUACCGCCAGAAUACCAGGUCUGGAAAAUCUAUUUAACCUCACUUUGAGCUAUAGACGAGAUGCUGACAUCACAGUGCGAAAUGAAUUGACAACCGUGAAGACUGAAAAGGACAGUGAGUUUGUGCUGCCCAAGAAGGAUAAAUUGGUUUGUUGGAUUGUGAGCAACAACAAUCCUUCAACUGGGACAGGAACCAGAGCAAAGUACUAUCAAGAGUUGGUCAAACACAUCAAGAUACAUAUUUUUGGUGCUGCUUUUACAGGGAGUCGUUUGAAGUAUGAGGACUAUUACUCAACCCUUGCUAGCUGUAAAUUCUACCUUUCAUUUGAGAAUUCAAUCCACAGAGACUACAUCACAGAAAAGGUGAACGGACCACUUGUAGCAGGAACCAUACCAGUAGUCAUGGGCCCAACCAGAGAGAACUAUGAACAGUUUUUCCCAGCUGGUUCUUUCAUUCAUGUAAAUGACUUUACUAAUGCAAAGGCACUGGCUGACUUCCUCCUCCAAUUGGACAAGAAUGAUGAGAUGUAUAUAAGUUACUUCACCUGGAGGAGGUACCUUAAGGCCAAACCCCACCUCCUGACAAUGCAGGAAGAGUUUAUUCAACCUGUUUGUUUAGCCUGUGAAUACAUGGCAAGAGACAAAGGAUAUUACAAUGUUGUCCACAAUCUUUAUGAAUGGUACUUUGGCUGAGGGUUUAGCCAUAAUUUUGUAAGCACAGAAAAUAUCAUUUUAGCUUAGCUGCGUAAACGGAAUACAAUUUUAAAAGUGUACUCGAAUUUGGGGAUAUCUUGAUUGAAAAUAUGUGUAUCAAUUCAAUGGAUGGGCAUUCAAAGUUUUGGGGUAGAUUAAAAUAAAUAAAUUAUUAAAUGCUUUGGAAGCAGAAAACACUGUAAACCCAAAUGUGCUGUCAUUACUCAAAACUUUUAAGGAACCCAUUGCACUUGACAUUUUACUACAGUUGGCUAAAUCAGCUGAUCACACAGCUAUUCUUGGUAGUCUUAAACAAAUCUACGUUAAAACCAAACUAUACACCACACACACAUGGUUAUGGGCUUUAAAAAGAAGAAACCUGUUCCAUGUCAGAUAUAGAGUUUAAAUGUAUUACAUUUUCACUUUGAAUCUCAAGAUUACAUUUUAUAUUCAUCACAGGAGACUGAACUAUAAGGAAAUGGUUUGACACUGGAAUUAGUUUGACACGUUGUAGAGGGUCCAGAUUUGAGUUGUAUAAUUUUAUUGCCGUUUGUAUGACAUUUGAGUAAUGCCUCCAAUAUAAUUUCCCAGUGUGCCUAGUCUUUGAGUGAAUUGCAGAGUUACUGUACCACCCAUGCCUGUAUUUGUUCGUGACAGAGACAUGGUUGUUGAAUUCACUCAUUUUUAGUUGUGUGGGUGGCCUUCACUGAGUGAGUUCCUAGGCAAAUGUUGUCUUUAUAGUUCAACUCUUAAUGAUAAAACAUUACAGAUCCAGUAAGGCUUUAUUUUGAUGUCUCGUGAAAUUCCAGUAACUUUACCGCAUUUUCAAAACAAUCCUGGUUGAAGGAUUUUACUGGAAUCUUCCAACUGGGAUUCCUGAAAAACCUGUGAAAUGUACCAUCAUUUUGCAACCCCUCCUGCAUGUCACAUUGUGCUGGCUUGCAAAGUGACGUAUAACUCCUAUUGGAAUCCAGACAGAGUUAGGAUAUCUAUUAACCAUGUAAAUUGGAACCCAUUUCAGUAAUGAGUGCAAAAAAUCUAACGAAAUGAUUGGAUUAAUUUAGAAAAAUGUAUGUUAUUUAUGUGUAGCAUAAAUGUGUAGCAUAGCAUUAAUCCAUCAAUGACUCAAUGUACAUGCAAAAACACUUGUUUUAGUUUUGAGUUUGUGCUACAUAAACAUUUUAAUA